AUGGAGGUUGUGGAUAAGCUUAAAGAGCUCAGCAUGACAGCGGAGGAAAUUGACAGGAUGACAAAGGCUUUCAAAGACGAAAAGUUCCGGGAAAUGCUGCUUGACUACGCCGAAGAAUUAUCCGACCCCGAGAAUAGGAAAAGAUACGAAGAGGAGAUCAAACUUUUAGAGCAGGAGAGAGGAAACACGAUUGAAUUUAUCCACCCGGAACCAUUCAGAGCCAUCAGGACGAGUGUGAAUGGCAAACAGAAAUGCUUUAUUAACAUCUGCAGCAAUGACAAAGUGAGUAAACCUGAGUGUAAAUUGGGGAUGGCUGAGGCUGGCCGAAGAGGACAGUACUGGUCAUUGCCUCACAGUCUGCACCCAGGGAGAGAAAACACUGACGGAAAAGGGAGAAGGUUCAUGAUCUAUGAUGUGGUUUUCCACCCUGACACUCUCCACAUUGCAAGCAAAAAUAGUAGAUUCAUGGACAUGGUGGACAGCACAGCUAUUGAAGGGAUCCAGAAUACUUUUAAAGUGACUUUAGAUAAAAACAACGUGAGGGAGCUGAAUACAAAAUACAAAGGUACACCACAGCCUUGUGUUAUUAGAAAACCCAUACCUGGAUUUAAACCCAGUGAGGCCUCAGAGAAGCCUGAUCCACUUGCAUUCCCAUAUCCAGAGACAAAGCCAACACAACCCCAAACCAAGAGCGAUGCUACACCUAAAAGCUUCCAGAUCCAGCCUCCAAAAACCAAAGAGCUAACCGAGCCAAAAUACGCAGUGAAGUAUCGAUCUUUUAUUGACCUGCAGGACUUCAGGUGCUCUAGGGACUCAGCCCAAAGCCCCAGACCCAAGGAAAUAGUAGUCACCAUUGACCUGCCACUCCUGAAGAUGGUCACAGAUGCUAACCUGGAAGUAACAGAGAAACAUCUACUUUUAGAGUCCCAGAAACCAGCCUACAGACUGGAGCUGCCUUUAGCCUACCCUGUGGAUGUAGAUAAAGGAGAGGCCAAGUUUAACAAGCAGAAAAAACAGCUGAUAGUCACCCUGCCUGUUCUGCCUUCUGAAGAAGCUCUGGAGUUUGUUCUAGGGGUAAAUAAGUGUGGUGUGAGCGAUGGUGAGGAGGUGGAAGUACAGAGAAGGGAGCAAGGAGAGGAAAAGGGUGAUGAGAAGGAUAAAGUAAGAGAGGAGAGAGAGAAAAAGGAGACAGGAGAGGAGCAACUUAAGAGUGAAGAUGAGGAAAACCAAAAGGGAACGCAGCAACAUGGUGACUGUGAAGGAAACCUACAAAGUAUGCAGCGACAUUUAAGUGAAGAUGAGGGAAACAUAAAGAAAGCAUCUCCACAUAAACAUGAAGAUGAGGAAAAUUCACCAAGUAUGCAGCAAAGCAAGAGUGAAGAUGAGGAAAGCAUACAGAAAAUACCACAAAAUAAUGGGGGAAAUGAGGAAAACAUACAGAAAACUUCACAAUAUAAAGGUGUAGAUAAGUACAAUCCACAGUUAAUGCAGCAAGUAGAAAGUGAGGAUGAGAAAAAUCUACAGAACACUCAGCAGCAUGAAGAUGAAGACAGGGAAAACCUACAUAAAACACCACAACAUGAGAGUGAAGAUGAGAAAAACCUACAGAAAAUGGAACAUCUAACAAAAAUGAGUGAAGGUGGAUGUUACAGUGCAGCAGAGAAAAAAGACUCUGGUGUACCAAGUUUUCAGGAGGAUAAGGGCAUCGAUUGCAUUGAAAUUUCAUCUAAAAACUCACAUACAGCUGCUUCCCCUGAAACAAGAAUCCAGCCUGUUUUAAACACAACUGAAGAUUCAAGUCCCAAACUAAGAGUGGAAACAGAGGCUACACCUGUACAGCACAGCUCCAUGGAGGAAUCCCGAGCUACAGCUGUUGGGUCUUCAAUGCCAUCUCACAAUAAGAACCUGAGUGUAAACCCCACAUCCCAGAGAGAUGAAGAGUCCAGCGAGAUGCCUACAACAGAUGAAGCCAAACAGCCAAGUGGUUCAGGCAAUGGGGUCUCUCUCUCCUCAGUGAGACUUCCUACAGGAUCAGUGCAAAAUGAGGAGAUAAUUGAUGAAGAUGACCUGCCAACAGAGGAACUCCUUGGAAAGCCAGAGCACAAGGACAGUAGGCCACUGCUACCGUCUGUGUUACUGCGGGAAAUUGAUGAGGAUGGGAAUGAAAAGGUCAUCAGUGAUCAUUCAGUAUCUGCUGGGUUCAUCUUUGAAAACUCACUCAUGUUUGAGCUGGACUAA